AGGCUAGGAUGUCAGGCCUUGCCCCACGAAUCGUCUCGUCAUGGCUGGUAACUCUGCCCCGAACUUGCCGUGCCGAACCAGGCCCCGCACAGAGUGCCUGACCUAGGCUCAGCUUGGAGGUCAGCCGAGGUGGUUCAAUGGUUGGGUCCAGCGUUUGUGGCUCAUGUGAACCAUGUCGACGCCUGGCUGGCCCGAAGCGAUUCGGAGCUCACGUGCCGCACGAGUGUCGCAAUGGACAUCAGUCUUGCUGGGAACACCGAAAAUGAAGUGUCCUUUGAUGUUCAACCUGCUGCUCAGCUGACUGGAGCUAUUCCAUACGCCAGUCUUGAUGUGCUCCGAGAAAUUCGGGCUCUAAAUUUGGAAGUAGAAAUACCCCUCUGUGCGCAUAUGCUGUCUAAGGCACACUGAGCUGGUGCUACAGGUAGUAAUAGUCCUCGUUGCCACUGGGCUCGUGCUUUCGAGUCGUUGUGCUUGGUUCUCGAAGCCAUGGCGGCGCUUUUACGCACCGCUGCUCAGCAGCAGAGCAUGACGAGUUUGGUCUUGAAAAAGCCCUUCGUAGGGGAGACUACACGAUUCCGUUCCUUCGCAGCAGAAAGAUUCCUCAAGUGCUCGCAAGCCGACAGGGGACAGUCUCGAAAUAGGUUCACAUCGCUGAGAGUCAGCUCAGUCCUUGAGGUACCGAGUAGCCUUGAGGGCUCCCUCUCUCCUGUGGUGUUUCCAACGCCUGAUGACGGCGAUUCAACCACGAAAAGGUGGAAGGUCCUUCCUGACAUGUGGCCAACUCUUUCGAAGCAGUACGGUGACAAGAUCGCUGUUUUCGAUCCACACCACGGUCAGAAGCGAGGCUUGACGUUUUCGGAGCUCGAAACCGCAAUCCACGACUUCGGUGAAGGUCUCCGUGUCUAUGGGCUGAAGCAAGGAGAGUGCGCAGCGCUUUUUGCUGAGAACUCGCAUCGAUGGCUUAUUGCUGAUCAAGGCAAGCUCAUGGAUAUUGGUGCUCGUGACGCGGUUCGAGGAGCAAAAUCGUCAGGAGCGGAGUUAUUUCACAUUCUGGAAAACUCUGACAGUACCGCCGUCAUCGUGGAUAACGUAGACGUUCUCGAGCGCAUCGCCCCUUUCCUCGAAGCUUCUUCAGUGAAGGAGAUUGUCAACUUCGCGGUUGUCCUUUGGCCUCCUGUCGCCAAAGGCCAGCCAACCAGCUCUGACUGGAAGGCCAGAAGCAAGUGCUUCAAAUGGUUUCCUCUGCACUCGUUCGAGGAAGUAUCAGCAGCUGGGAGGGCCAGCAGGCUCACUCAUGAUGCGUUAUCGCGCUCGGAGCCUCGUCAGACCUCUAGACCUGAUGACGUGGCAACAUUGGUGUACACGUCUGGAACGACCGGGAAUCCCAAGGGAGUGAUGCUCACGCACAACAACCUGAUGCAUCAGGUCAACAACUUCACAUGUGCCCUGACGCCCGAGUCUGGUGAUGUCAUGUUGAGCCUGCUACCCCCGUGGCACAUGUACGAGCGCUCAUGCGAGUACUUCCUGCUGAGCCAUGGCGUCCAGCUUGUCUACAGCAAUGUCAAGUCGUUCAAGGAGGAUCUGGUGAAACAUCCUCCGGACUACUUUGUUGCUGUUCCACUUGUCUUUGAGGUUCUAUACAGCGGAGUCCAGAAAAAGCUUGCUGCAGCAUCAGCUGCCAGAGCAGCAGUCGCCAAGUUCCUGAUGAAAAUUAGCUGCCUCCACAAGGAAGCUCUGCGCGUCUGGACAGGAUUAGCAGUCCUUCGUUCGCAAGAAAGCACUCAGGGGCUCAUGUUUGCCAAGGCGCUGGUGGAAACUCUGGGAGCAGGGCUGUUGGCGCUGGUGCUGCUGCCUCUCCACCUGCUGGCAGAGAAGCUUGUGUACGCCAAGGUCAAAGCUGCAAUCGGCAUUAAAAAGGCAGCAGUAAGUGGUGGAGGAAGCUUGCCAUCGCAUGUGGACAAAUUCUUCGAGCAAAUCGGGAUUACUCUGCUCAAUGGAUAUGGCCUCACAGAGACCUCUCCUGUGCUGACAGUCCGACAAAGUUCCAAAAAUGCACUGGGGAGCAUUGGGAGUCCAGUUCCAGGAACGGAGAUCAAGAUUGUGGAUCUGGAGACAGGGUUUGGUCUGCCUGCAGGCCAGCGAGGGCUGGUCAAAGCACGUGGCCCACAAGUGAUGAAGGGCUACUACAAGAAUCCGUCUGCCACAGCAAUCGCAAUUGAUG